AUGUCUCAUCAAUCUGGUAUUACAGCAUCAGAUACGUUGCGUGAAAAAUUCGCUGAAAUCAAAGACAACAAUUCUCAUACACGUCUAUUAACUGUGGUGAUUGAACAAGAAUCACUUGUAGCCAAAGACCAACGACAGAUAGAAGGCUCCUUUAAUCAAGAUUUUGAUCGAUUACUCAAUUCAUUAGUUCAACCUAAUCAAUCUUGCUAUUAUUUUAUUCGUCUUGAUAUAACAAGUGAAAUAGGUGGUUCCAAUUGGUUAUUGAUUACAUGGAUUCCAGAAGAUGCUAAAGCAUGUACAAUUAAAAACAUAUUGUGA